UAAAAUGGGUGUGUGUUUGAUUUAAAAUACUAUUAUAAUUUGAAAUAGAGUAUUUUGGACAGCGUUAAAAAUUCUUCCUUUGCAUUUGUUAUUAAAGGGAGGUUGAAUUAAAAAAGUAUCCUUGUCCUUUAAUAUUAAAAGAUAAGUAUUUUGAAAAAAUGGAUAAGAAACAUAAAGAUAUUUUGCUGAAGAUUGCAGAUAAUAUGUUGGAUAAAGAUGUUGAAGCAAUUAAAUUUUAUUACUCACAACAAAUUGGCUAUGGUUAUCUUGAAAGAAUUAAAACUCCUAUUGAAUUAAUUCAAACUUUAGAACAUCGAAUGCUUCUAGGGAUAAAUAACUAUGAUGAUUUUGUUGAGAUACUUAAUAAAAUUGGAAGGAAUGACUUGGCAAAUUAUUUUUCUAUAGUCAAAUCAAGGAUGCCCUCAGACUUAGAAACUUUGAAUUCAUCAGAAAGUUCUACCAGAACUUCUUCUAAGAAAGAAACUUUGAGUUCACCAGAAAGUUCUUCCAGAACUUCUUCUAAGAAAGAUACAUCAGAGGUGUGCACAGCACUGAAAAAAUAUUAUCGUGAAAAUUAUAGAAAAAUAAAUGAAAUUCAACCACCAUUAAAAGUACCUGCAAGUGUUGAUCUAAUGAAUAACUUUGUUGAUCUAUGUAUCGUUGAUGCAGUUAAUACUCAAAUGGAUGUUGUUUUUAAUUUUGAGCGAAAAAAUUUUCUUGAAAAGCAAAUGAACUAUACACCUAUUUCAUAUAGUGAAAUUUUUAUGAAAGAAAAAUCUGUAAUAUUAAUAUCUGGAAUAGCUGGUAUAGGAAAAACAUGGUUGCUUCGAAAAUGUUUGCUAGAUUGGUCAAACAAUUUAAUUUGGAAAAAUGUUGAACUUGUAUUUUAUUUGGAAUGCAGAAAGCUUAAUCAAUAUCAAAAUAUUUCUAAUAUUAAUGAAUUACUAAAUGUUUUCUACAAAAAUAUUAUAAAUGAUUUUGAUAUUAGUACUCAUUCUACGCUGUUUAUAAUUGAUGGAUUAGAUGAGUUUAAAUAUUUACAUGAACUAAUAAAUUGCAGUUUAAGUUGUAACUAUCCAAUUGUUAAUGUUUUAACAGAAAUUCAAAAAUAUAAAUAUGUAGUUGCUGGUAGAGUUUAUGCAAUUGAUCAGUAUCAAAGUAUAUCUACAGAGGAUUGUGAUAAGAUAAACAUUCAAAUUAUGGGAUUUAAUGAAGAUGGAAUAAAUAAUUAUAUAAAAAAUAAUGUUUUAGAGGAAAAAAAAGAUGUUGUAAAAGCAAAUUUGAAGGAAUCUGCAAUUGCAAAAUCAAUGUCAUCUGUUCCAUUUUAUUUAUCUUUUAUGUGUAAGAUUAUUAGUAUUUCAAAAAAUUUAUACAAAAAUACUUUUUUAACAAUGACAGACUUGUAUGCAAAUAUUUUUUUACACUUUUUGCAAAAACACAUUAUCAAAAAUAAUGAAUCGAUUUCUCAAUUCAUGGAAAACAAUUUCAAUAAAAAAUAUGUUUUAAACAUUUGUAAAAUUGCGUAUCAAUUGUUUGUUGAAAAUAAAGUAAUUUUUUCCAAAGAAGACAUUCAAACUUUCAUCAUUGACUUUGAUAAAAAUGAAGAAACUUUUUUUGGAUUUAUUGAAAGGAUUGAAACAAGUCUAGGUGAAUAUAUUUAUCAAUUUGCACAUUUGACAAUAAUGGAGUUUUGUGCAUCUAUAUAUGCAUUAAAUUGUUUAAGUAGUGAAGAGAUUGUGACCAAUGAAAAGCUGAAGAGUUGUUUAUCAAUGAUUUGUGGUUUAACCAAUAAAAAUCAAAAUAGUUCCUUAAAGUUUCUUGUUAACCUGAAUCCUUUAAAAAAAACUUGUGAAGAUUCUUUAUUUUUGUUUUCUAUUUUUGGUAAGUCUAUAAUACUUUAUUGCAUUAUUGAAAAAUUUGAUUCUGUUGUGUGUAUUGCUCAAGAACUUGCUUCUUUUUUAAAGGUAGAAGAAAGUUUUGCAGCAGAAUCUGAGUCUAUAAAAUGGAAGAUUCACAAUCAAUCAUCAUUAACUGAUGAAAUAAAAUUAUUCGUCGAUGAACGAGAGUGGGAGAUUUUGAUUCACGAUGGAAAAACUUCUUACGAAACUUCUUGUGAAAAUUAUUUCGUAAAUCAUUACAUUAAAUCUGGAAGAAAGUUAUCGAUGUUACGUGUUCGUAAAAAUAUUUUAAGUGAUGAUGAAAAAAAUCUUAUAAUUAAAUGUUCAACAAAUGUUCGCGAAGUCGACUUUGUCCACUUUUAUUGUCCAAUUAAAUUAGAAGGAUUGAAACCGAAAGAUAAGAUUGAAACGUUGAGGAUAAACAUCUCACGUUAUUUAAUAACGAAAAAAGAUUUUGAAGAAAAUUUUCUUCCGUGGAUUAAUCUUUGUGAACAAUUAUAUCUUUUACUUCACGACGACAUCGAUUUCAUUGAAGAGAUUUGUGAAUGGAUUCAUGCCAAGAAAGUACAAACGAGUGACAAACGAGUGAAUUGGUUAAAGCCUGAUGCUCAUACAAUAAAAGCCGCUGUGAUGGCUGUUGGAUCUGCCAGUUUAUCACUACGAGCAGCUGCACUGGAAUAUGAAAUUUCAAAAUCAAGUUUACAGCGGAAAAUAAAGGGUAAUAAAGAAACUUCUUACAAUGACUUAUACUUUGAUAAACAAUUUGACGAAUCGGUUAAAGCCUGA